UCGUUAAUAAACUACCCCUGUUUAGAUUUUAUUACAUUAGAGCUUGAAGCUGGAGAGAAACACAUUAGCAUGGGUUAGCACAGACACACGUGCUACUCCAGUGGAUCAAAUACUCAACGCGUCACUUUUAGAAUUGAACAUCUUAUAGCACUGAGAUCGGAACCAGACCAUUGGUCCAAAACACUAACGGGAGGUGGAGGAGUUUAUGGAAACAUACGUCAGAGAUAGUAAAUAAGAGCUUUGAGGGUUCCUAUAAAUCAGACUGCUCUCAGACCACUGACACAAAGCCUGUCACGGAGGCCACCUGCAUGCUGUACAAAGAUGCGCGUAGCGGUUACAGGAUGUUUGGUCCUGCUGUAUAUUGUUGCUCUUCAGGGUGAUCAAGCAGAUGGACACAUCACUUUCUUCAGCCCCAAAGAGAUGAGAGAGCUCAGGGAAAAGGAGGGGAGGAAGGAUGCUGAUCCACAGGCUGUGGAAGUUUUGAUUGAUGAGACUGGAGGAGAGCCAGUGCCUAUAGAAAUAGGGGUGAAGCUCACUGCUAAAAAGGGCCACAUUGGGUCCGCUUUUGGUAAGAUGCUGCAGAACAUUGUAGGAGAGCCCGAGAUGGUGAAAUAAGGCUGGAAUUCUGCAUUCAACGACAAUUGCAAGCACAAAUAUUUUGUCUA